CCAAAAUCGCAAACCUAUGAUCUUUGGACUUUAUUGUUUUUCAUUUUUUGUAGUGCGAGUGAUUAACUGUGGGGAUUUUUUGCUAGUACUUUAUUGAAAAUAGGGCUGUUUUAAUUGUUGAAGUGUAUAUCCGACGUAAUGGCACUGAAAGCUCAAGUGGGUCAAAAAAUUAUGAACGAGGUGAUCAAAUACAGACCUCCAAAGAAAAAUGGACCCACAACGGGCGGUCAUCGUUUAGAAUGGCGAGUCCUAGUUGUAGACAAACUGGCAAUGAGAAUGAUUUCCGCCUGUUGCAAAAUGCACAACAUUUCUGCAGAAGGCAUAACCUUGGUGGAAGACAUUUUUAAAACGAGAGAACCAUUACUUACCAUGGAAGCUGUAUAUCUUAUAACCCCUUGCAAGGAAUCUGUCGAAGCAUUGAUGAGGGAUUUUGAUUCAUCAAAACAUGUGAUGUAUAAAGGUGCCCAUGUAUUCUUUACAGAAGUCUGCCCCGAGGAACUGUUCAAUGAGCUGUGCAAGUCUUGUGCGGCCAAGAAAAUUCGCACGCUAAAGGAAAUCAACAUUGCCUUUUUGCCAUAUGAAUCGCAGGUGUUUUCUUUGGAUUGCGCCGAAACUUUUCAGUAUUACUACAACCCUUCUUAUUCCCAAAAAUACAGCGCCAAUCUGGAGAGAAUGGCUGAACAGAUCGCCACUCUAUGCGCAACCUUGGGCGAAUAUCCUUCCGUUCGAUACAGAAGCGAUUGGGAUCGCAAUGUUGAACUGGCUCAACUGAUCCAACAAAAAUUGGAUGCAUAUAAGGCGGAUGAGCCAACCAUGGGCGAAGGUCCAGAAAAAGCUCGUUCACAAUUGCUAAUUUUAGAUCGCGGAUUUGACUGUGUAUCGCCCCUUCUGCAUGAGCUUACGUUCCAAGCCAUGGCUUACGAUUUGUUGAACAUUCAAAAUGAUGUCUAUGAAUAUGAGGCUUCUGCUGGGGUAAAGAAGGAAGUGUUGCUUGACGAAAAUGACGACAUGUGGGUGGAAUUGCGCCAUCAGCAUAUUGCAGUGGUUUCCCAGAAUGUCACAAAAAAUCUAAAGAAAUUUACGGAUUCCAAAAGAAUGACGGCGAGUGAUAAACAGUCAAUGAAAGAUCUAUCUACUAUGAUAAAAAAAAUGCCUCAAUACCAAAAGGAGCUGUCCAAAUAUGCCACCCAUCUCCAAUUAGCUGAGGAUUGCAUGAAGCAGUACCAGGGAUAUGUUGAUAAAUUGUGUAAAGUGGAGCAGGAUUUGGCAAUGGGCACAGAUGCUGAAGGCGAAAAAAUCAAAGAUCAUAUGCGUAACAUUGUUCCCAUUCUCUUAGAUCCAAAAAUUACGGAUCAGUAUGACAAAAUGCGCAUCAUAGCUCUAUACGCGAUGACCAAAAAUGGCAUAACCGAUGAAAAUUUAUCCAAACUUGCCACGCACGCUCAGAUAACUUCCAAACAGACGAUCGCCAACCUCCAAUACCUCGGAGUUAAUGUGAUUAAUGAGGGCAACACUCGAAGGAAACCCUAUACGCCCCCGCGAAAGGAAAGAAUCACUGAACAGACAUAUCAAAUGUCGCGGUGGACGCCGGUUGUCAAGGACAUAAUGGAGGAUUGUAUAGAUGACAAGCUUGACCAAAAACACUUUCCGUUUUUGGCAGGCAGGGCUCAGAGUAGUGGAUAUCAUCCGCCAUCAAGCGCGCGGUACGGUCAUUGGCACAAGGAUAGAAGCCAACAGACUGUGAAAAAUGUACCCCGCUUGAUUGUUUUUAUUGUGGGGGGUGUCUGCUUCUCCGAAAUACGUUGCGCAUACGAAGUGACCAACGCCCUUAAAAAUUGGGAAGUGAUUGUCGGAUCUUCUCACAUAUUGACCCCAAAAGCUUUCCUUGAACAACUCACAGCCCUCACACCAAACUAGAACACACCCAAGAAGGUCACUUUCAACGUCACGGUUAACUGAUACAGCUUUGCAUUCUUGUGUUGAUACAAUUUACAUAUUCACGACAUUGAGAGUCUAAGCUAGGAGUUCUGAGAUGUUAUAAUGGAUGUACAUAAUCAAAUAAUUUAUCUUUUAUGUAUUGUUACUCGUUUUAUUUAUUUAGUAAUGUGUUACAGGUAUUAACAAGAAAGUUUAAGACUAAUGUUCGGUAUUCCAUUUAGUUGAUUCAGUAUUUUUCAAGUUAAUGCUGUGGAUGUGAUUGUUCUAUUAAGAAGCGAUCAUUCAUGGUGUUAGGUGAUAUUUAUCGUACUUGCGUUAGAAAUUAAUAUGUCACCUUUCUUGAAUUUUUCUAACAUUCGUAAAGUUUUAUAAAUUCACUUACUGUUUACUGCCUUAAUGAUUGUUAGAUCAUUAGAGAACUGUAGAUGAAUCUAGUCUAACGAUGCACAUAAUAUAUUUAUCUAGCAGUUAAUCCUUGAAUUUCUUCUAAACAAAAAUUGAGGUAUACCUCUCCUAUUUCAUUGGAUGUCUACAAUUUGUUAGUUUUUUUUUUCUUUAAUUUGAACUUAUCUGACUUUAAUUAACAAAAAAAAUGUCGAACGAGAAAAUAAUUAAGUUCACAAGAAUUUCACGACGAAUACCAAAAAUCAUCAGUCGCGUUUACAAGAGCCCUGAAUUGCAAACAAAAUCUAAAUGGUAUAAAACCAACUUUGAAAAUAACAAAAAUCCUUUUAAGUAUGAAGUCAAUACAAUAGCUCUGAUCAAACUAGAAAGGUAAAAAAGUUAUUUUUUUUUUUGUUUUAUCGGUUUUAUAUUCGUUAUUUGAAAGAGUUCUUACCAAGCCAGGUUGAGGGUUUGUAAUUGGGGUUCUUGACGCGGACCAGAUGUUCUGAUUGAAAGGGUAGGAAAUUUUUUGGUUGACUCGUUUUUAGCUUGUAAAUUUCAGUUGUUGAAACUUGUUUGAUUAUGCCAGUAUUUAUGUGAAUACACCAAGUUUUGGGAUUUUAUAAGUAGAAAAAUAUUGUUAAUAAUCUAAAUAAAUAUUUCAUUGUAAUUAAAUUUUCCGUAUUGUGAAAAACUAAUCGCAUUUCCGUAAUGGAAGUAUUGUAAACAGUACGUUGUACUUAUUCGUUAUUGUGCUAUAUUAUAUUGUCUAAAUCAUGUCAAUUUCAAAAGUUAAUAAAUCAUAGUCCUUGA